AUGGGUCUUCGAUUUUCUUCUUUUCUGUCUUAUUCAGCAGCUUCUUCCGGUCCCACUCUCGGUGAUUUACCGGAGAGUUGCGUCGCUUCCAUUAUCGGUUACAUGGAUCCUCCUCAGAUCUGUCAACUUGCGACAUUGAAUCGAGCUUUUAACGCUGCUUCUUCUGCUGAUUUUGUUUGGGAAUCGAAAUUGCCUUCUAAUUAUCAUCUUAUUCUCAACAAAAUCUUUAAUCAUUUUCCGCUUGAUUUGGGUAAACGCGAUAUUUACGUUUCCCUUUGUCGCCUCAAUGAUCUUGACAAAGGCACCAAGAAAGUUUGGCUUGAUAGAGGGAGUGGUAAGCUUUGUUUGGCUAUUUCAGCUAACAAGGGACUAUCGAUAACUGGGGUUGAUGAUAGGAGAUAUUGGAAUCAUAUUCUUACUGAAGAAUCUAGAUUCAGUACUGUUGCAUACCUUCAGCAUACCUGGUGGUUUGAAGUGGAGGGGGAAGUUGACUUCCCAUUUCCUGCUGGGACAUAUAGCUUAUUCUUCAGAGUACACCUUGGGCGAGCCCACAAGAGGUUUGGACGUCGUGUCUGCAACACUGAACAUGUUCAUGGGUGGGACAAAAAGCCUGUGCAAUUCCAACUUUGGACUUCUGAUGGGCAAUACGUUGCCUCCCAAUGUUUUCUGAAAGGACCUGGCAAUUGGACUUUUUACCAUGCAGGCGAUUUCACUGUUGCGGAUGGCAAUUCAUCAACCAAAGUCAAGUUCUCUAUGACUCAAAUUGACUGCACUCACACUAAAGGUGGUAUCUGUUUGGAUUCUGCGUUUAUUUACCCAAGCGAAUUCAAAAAGACUAAGGCAUUUUUAAAUUGCUUAUAA